AUGUCCGUCAUCUUGUGUGUUGAUGACAUGGAACAGGUGGAUCCAGUCGGCGUCGACGCUCCGCUCGCUCUCAUACUGCUCGAUACUCUGUCUUCGCAGCUCCCCCCGGUGGCGGACCAGGCCAGGUCCAAUCAGGCCUUCCAUUCGACCAGGCGCACCUUGUCUGACUCUGAAGAAGACGAUCUUGCGCGCCUUGGCUGCUUGAUAUUCUUGCUUUCCAUUACUAACUUCUCCGAUGCGGUGACAUCGCCACAACUUCAGGAUUAA